CAUGUUACAUGUAUGUAUUAUAUUUACAAUUAAUAUUGUUCCAGAGAGAGAUGAAUCUGUUGCCACGGAACCACCAGGAGUUCCAGCAGAAGGAGUACUGGGACACCUUCUUCAAGAAGCGCGGGAAACGCGCGUUUGAAUGGUAUGGAGAGUAUCAUGAACUGUGUGGUAUCCUGCAUAAAUAUAUUAAACCUGGAGAUGCAGUUCUUCAGGUUGGAUGUGGAAACUCAACUCUAGCAGCUGAUCUUUAUGAUGUUGGACACAGGAAUAUAACGUCAAUAGAUGUCUCUGACGUUGUUAUUCGUCAGAUGUCUGAGCUGAACAAGGGUAGACCCGACCUUAUCUUUGCCAAGAUGGACGCUACUGAGAUGGAGUUCCAGGAGAACCAGUUUUCAGUAGUCCUGGACAAGGGGACCCUGGACGCACUCUUCACAGAUGAUUCCCCUGACGUUGUCUCCAAAAUUGAGAAAAUGUUCAGUGAGAUCGGCCGUGUAUUGAAGGUUGGAGGACGUUAUGUUUGUGUGUCCCUGCUCCAGCCUCAUAUUAUCAGCCAUGUAUCCGCCUGGUUUGUCGAGGCCGGGUGGCCGGUUCGGAUUAUACGUUGCAAUGAGGCGGAGCAAAAUAAACCUCCGGCGGAGAGAAUCUUUCCCGUCUUUGUGAUGGUUUGUACGAAAUUUAAAAAAAUGGCGGCAAUGAAACCGGUUCUUGAAUUAAGUUUAUCAACUGACGGAAAACUGACAAGGUUGGAUAAACCGGAAAGUCUAGUGGAGAGUGUCCGAGGUUGCCAACAGUUCUCAGCUCUCAGAGCUAGAUUAGCCAAGGGCGGGGACCGGUCUAUUGAGGAGGCGUGUCUUCAACUUAGAUCACAAGAAUCAGUUCAUGCUAAAUAUUCGCUAUAUCUAACGGAACGUGAGAAAACUAGCAAAAUGCCAUUUUCCGCGUUUAUAGUUCCACAAGGAAGAGAGGUAGAAUGGAUGUUUGCUACAGCAGAGGGUCGGAGACAACUAUGUGACUCAGCUGACUGUCAGAGAAUGAUUGUAGUCCAUCUUGGUCGGGACGCAAGCUUCUCCACGAUAGAGCAGAUACAGACAGAACUGUCUCCGCAUAUUUUCGAGUUCUGUCCUUCAGAUCUUCCGCCUGGAUACAAGGUUCCAUUUCUCUCUGCUGGAGCGGAGAAUGUUGGAUCUAGAACGGAACGGUGUCGUGGGAGAUCCCAACUAUCCGGGGAUUAUGUUGUAGAGGAUGUAGAGGUUGGAACCUCGGUGUACCGUCGACUAAUAUUCCUCAACAGACCAUAUCUUACACAGUCAGAAGCUGUUCUUGUCUCGAGGAAAAACAAGAACAAGAAAAUGAUUAAAGUUGUUGAUAUCACCGAUCUUGCUUCAACCUACCACACACUAAUGAUCGGGGCCCUUGGUCUAUACCUGAGCAAACCAGUGACAAUAUUAUUAGUCGGUCUUGGUGGGGGUUCACUUCCAUCGUACAUUCAUCAUACUUUUCCUCUUUCCAACAUUCAUGCAGUGGAGUUAGAUCCUUCCAUCCUUGAUAUUGCAACUCAACAGUUUGGUUUCAAGAGUGACUCCAGGCUUACUGUUAGUAUACAAGACGGGAUACAGUAUAUAAAUGAAACUUCAAGGAAGUAUUCUGUGAUAAUGUUUGAUGUUGACAGUAAGGACGUGAGUAGUGGAAUGUCCUGUCCUCCUCCGGGGUUUGUGGAUCCACAGUUCCUGGUUCGAAUCUCCGAGUGUCUCGAACUUGACGGGAUGUUUGUCCUUAACCUUGUGUGUCGGGAUAUAACCCUGAGAAAGGAACUGAUUGGUAACCUAUCCACAGUCUGGAAUACCGUUGUAUCCUGUAAACUAGAGGAGGAAGUUAACGAGAUUAUAUUUGCCUCCUCCAGUGAUAAAACGAACAGAUCUCAGAUCACUAAAAGUUUAGGAAAUGGUUUUAAACUUGUCAACGAACAUGUGAGAAAAGUGACCAAAACAAAAGAAGACUUGAUCGAUGUUGCGUCUAGUUUAAAAAUGCUAAGUUUAAACAAAUAAAUUUAUUAUAUUUCAGAAAA